UAUGGGAUCGACGAUAUCUAAAAAUAAAGCAGUUGUUUUAGCUUCUAUUGGAAUAGUUGGUUUUGGGUAAGUGUUUAUUCAAUAUAUUGAAGAGCAUACUAUAUAUAAAAAGACUCUAAAUAGAAACUUAGUUUAGAGAAACUAUUAUCUAAGCAUGAUUUAGAUUAAUAUUUGGACACCAAUGAUAGAUCCAUAGAUUAAAAAUUAGAUAUGAGCAAUGAUAUUGAAAUUAAAUAUGGUGAUGAUCAUUGUCUAGAAGCUAGUUGCAUUGUUGAUAUAUAUGCAAAAUAAUUAGAAAUUGCAGGAGAAGAUUUUGUUAAAUUAAGCAAGCAGAAUCGUGUUUAGAGAAGAAGGUUAAGAAAGUCAAAUCAGUAAAUCUAUGUUGAUAGCAUUGUCUAAUUCAUAAUAGAUGUUGAAGAUGUCUUAGAUUAAGCAUUAAAAAGACUUCUAUAUUAAUUAGAUGUCCCUAAAGAAAUAUUUGAAGAAAGUGUACUGGUGAGAAUGGAUCAGGGAUAUUUUCAAUAAUUGUAUAUGUUAUAGGCAAGUGUAAAACAAAAGAUAAAAGAGAAAAUUGAAUCAACCAAGAAAUUGAAUUUAAAAUAAAUGAAGGACAUUAUACAAUUUAAUGUUCAUAUUCUCAAAAACUUUCCUUAAGAAUUUCAUGUUAUUUUGCAUAGAAUUGUAUUAUUAAAUUUACUUAUUUCCAUUAGCCAUCUGAAAAUGUUAUGCUGGUUCCAACAAUCAUCAACAUUAUAGUAUAAGAUUUAAUUUAUGCUAAAUUUGGUGUAGAAGAAGAAGAUCAAAUUGCUAGUCUCAAGAAUAUGUAAGGAGAUUAAGAAAUACAUAAUCUUCUAAAUAAAGUUGAAAUAGAAAUGAGUGGACUUUUAAAAGAAUAAGGAAUAAGAUUAAAUGAUAUCCCUGAAAGUCUAGAAAACUUUAUUUGA